ACACUCGGCUAUGAUCUACACAUAAUAGCAUAUUCGCGUAAUAAAUGCUCCUGAACUGUGUUUGAUUUUUCCAUAUUGUUUACUGCUAAUAAUAAAUAUCAUAGUAUAUUUUCUAUUAGACCUAAUAAUAUGUUGGAUUUAUAUGGUAUACGUACGAUAAUGAAUAUUAUAAUGACCAGAUUGUGUCUAAAUAUCUUUACAGUUCAUUGUAAAUAAUUGUAUCUUUUUCUUUCUUUGGCUUCACACUCGAAUAUCCGCCUUUACUUCAGGAGCCCCCGGUCAGCUUGCCUUCCCUGUUUCAAAUUGUUUACACUUUGUUUUCGAUUUCUUAACUCAGAAGCAGUUGCAGUGUGUCUAGCGGAGGGAGAGAGAGAGAGAGAGAGAGUGAAACUUCUGAAUUCAUGGGUUCGUGCUGUAGUGUUCGAAUCAAAGCUGAGAGCCCUCUUCACAACGGUGUAAACUCAACUUGUGGUAAUAAAGAUGGGAAUGAUUUGAGCAGUCCAAGCAGGAAGGUCUCAUCUGUCUCGGUGCCUCAAACUCCUCGAACAGAGGGUGAGAUCUUACAGUCCACCAAUUUGAAAAGCUUCUCCUUCAAUGAACUCAAAACAGCCACCAGGAAUUUCCGUCCUGAUAGUGUGCUGGGUGAAGGUGGUUUCGGUUCUGUCUUUAAAGGAUGGAUCGAUGAGCAUUCAUUUGCAGCUGCUAAGCCUGGGACUGGCAUGCUUAUUGCCGUAAAGAGGCUUAACCAAGAAGGUAUUCAGGGUCACAAGGAAUGGCUGGCAGAAAUCAACUACCUGGGGCAGCUGCAUCAUCCAAAUCUGGUGAAAUUAAUAGGUUACUGCUUAGAAGAUGACCAUCGGCUUCUAGUGUAUGAAUUUAUGGCCAGAGGCAGCUUGGAGAAUCAUCUAUUUAGGAGGGCUUCUUAUGUUCAACCGCUUUCUUGGAACCAUCGUAUGAAGAUUGCACUUGGUGCUGCUAAGGGUUUAGCAUUUCUUCACAGUGACAACGUAAAAGUGAUAUAUCGAGAUGUUAAAACUUCUAACAUCCUGCUAGAUAGUAACUAUGAUGUCAAACUAUCAGAUUUUGGGUUGGCCAAGGAUGGGCCUGAAAAUGACAGAAGCCAUGUCUCUACAAGGGUUAUGGGGACCUAUGGGUAUGCAGCACCCGAGUAUAUGAUCACAGGUCAUUUAACUGCCAAAAGUGACGUAUACAGUUAUGGGGUUGUUCUCCUAGAAAUGUUAUCCGGCAAACGAGCAAUUGACAAGAACAGGCCAAAUAGAGAACACAAUUUAGUUAAGUGGGCCAAGCCUUACCUUUCCAGCAGACGAAAAGUUAUUGAAAUUCUCGAUGCUCGUAUUGAAGGCCAGUAUCCAUUGGCUGCAGCACUGAAAGCAGCCAACCUUGCAAAUCAAUGCUUAUCGUUAGAUCCCAAGUUCAGGCCAAACAUGGAUGCGGUGGUAACAGUAUUGGAGCAACUUCAGGACUCUGAGGACAUUGGGCGCGCACAAAAUGAACACCACCAGAUUUCUACUCGAAAUUCAACAAGCAACGGCAGUCCCAAACCUAGCAGGAUAAGUGCCAAUGGGAGCUUGCAAUGAGAAAAUUGUUUCCUAUCCCUAACCAUUUGCUUCUCAUUUUCAUACAUAAAACAAGGAAAAGCAUUGGACCAUGCUUUACUGUUUUAUUUAUUCAAUCAAAGAUAACUAGAAUAAACGGAUGUUGAUUGGAUAAACAUCAUCUCAUGUGAUGGAGUAUGUAUUAGUAUUACCACCGUUGAUUACUGUACAGUUCUUGUUUUGUGAAUGAUUAUAGAGAAUCUUGAUAAAUUUAUGUGCUACUUUUUCCCAUUUUAUUUA